AUGGAGAUGACACAGCUUCAGGCUCGCACCCUGCACUUCGAUACUCCUCCGAGGUUGCCAGAUCUGCCACCCCCCUCGGGGCCUGCACCUUCAGCUCCAGUCAGUCAGAUACAGACUUCAGGGCAGCCCCCGAUCAGCAGUGUACCUCAGCUAUCUCCAGUGCCUGAGUCGUCCGAGCCGUCAGCCUCAGAGCCUACUCCAGAGUUCCAGUCUGCCACUCAGUCGACCGAGCCCAGCUUCCACACUGCUUCCACCACGUGCUCGACGACUGGUGCCACUGCUCCGGCCACGACGACAAUGCCGACUCUUACCGUCUCUGCUCCGCUCGAGGCACCAGGCGCUUCUCUUCCUACCGACGCCGAGCAGGCAGUUGACGAGGCCGCAGCUGACAGUGACUCGGGAUCUCCGUCUGACUUCCUUCUCUCUGCCGCCGAGGGUGGCACCUCCCUUCCGGAUCCUCAGGAUCCUCCUGCUCAGUAG